AGCACACAAAGCACAAAGAAGGCCUACAGCUCCGACUUCGCCAAGGGGGCCCCCGGCCGCCACCACCCCUGGGGGUCCGGCAGCCACCCGCGUGGGGCACAGCCCGCCCACCCCUUCGUCCAGGACCCCGCCAUGCCCCCGCUCACGCCGCCCAACACCCUGGCGCAGCUGGAGGAAGCGUGCCGCCGCCUCGCCGAGGUCUCCAAGCCGCAGAAGCAACGAUGUUCAACCUCAAAUCAGCCGAGGGAUCGAAACCACUCCGCUGCCGUUCCGGGGGGAAACACCCCUUUCUGCAAUGCAAGUCUAACGACAGAAGACCACAAAGAGCCAAAGAAACUGCCAGUUGUUCACACCUCUCAGUCGAGCGAGUUGGUUGUCACCUAUUUUUUUUGCGGAGAAGAAAUUCCCUACAGGAGAUUGUUAAAGGCCCAGAGCCUGACACUUGGGCACUUUAAAGAGCAGCUGAGCAAAAAAGGAAAUUACAG